UGAAUCAUCCGACUUUUACGAAGAUCUGUCAAAAGUACCGUAAAAACGUCAACUCCCCGUAAUAAUAAUUUUUUCAAAUUAGACUUGUGUUUUGUGUUAGCACUUAGUUUUAACGAUGGCAGAUCCAAAAUACGCCGACUUACCCGGAAUUGCUCUUGAUGAGCCAGACGUAUAUGAAACCACGGAUCUACCAGAAUCCGAGCAAGUUGUCGAUUUUUAUGAAGAAGAGAACGAGUCCGUAGAGCGGAUUCACAUUGAUGCCACCGAAGCCUACAACAAAUUCAGGGGCAAAUUCUUGAACGCCAACGACGUCGAUUUCUCCAACCGUAUUUCGAGACGUCGUCGUACCGGGUAUAAUGCCGAGUCGGGAAACUGGGAACUCAUUGGUGAUGGUGAUAAAGAAACACCCAUCCAAAAAUAUCAAAGAUUGCAGUGUGAAAUGAAAGAACUGCUCGAAGAAGUGAACAAAAUACAAGACUCUAAGGACAAGGAUAACACUUCUUGUCUUGUGUCUUCAGAUCAAGUGGAGCAGUCAUUGAAGAAACUGGCCGACUUGAAACUAGAAGAUGCUCUUGGUGCUGAAGUGAUGGCUAAAAUUGCUGACCCACAAGGCACUCAAAUUCAGAAAUUGUUGGCCCAAUUGGAGCAAUUUAAGGCAAACAUUAAGGAGAAGCCUGAAGCUCAGGCAGAAGCUGAUAGUUCUGGUGUUGUGUAUCAGUUCAGUUAUAGGCCAGAGCAAGCCAAGCUAGCACAAACAGCCAGAGUUGCAGAAUUGGAAAGUAGGCUAAACAGGUUGGAGAAUGUUUUAGGUUCUUCUAGUGAUAAACUGGCCAGAUUAACAUCUGCCACUUCUAAAGGAAGUUUAUUGGAAACUGCCCAGCAUUUGUCAGCAACUGCUAGUCUAUUGGAUUCAGCACAGUUGGACCAUAUUGAGGGUCGAUUAUCAGCUUUAUCUCAAAAGCUUGAUGCUAUUGCUGAAAAAAAGAAAGCUCUACAGCAAGAUGAAGAAAAGGAUAAAAUGAUAUUAGAAUUGUAUGAACUGGUAAAAAAUAGCGAGUCUGUUACGAAACUGAUACCACAAACGAUUGAACGUCUUAAAGCUUUGGAAGCUCUUCAUAAUAAAGCUACUGAUUUUAUUACAACUUUGUCCCAAAUUGAAAUGGCCCAGUCAGAAAUUUCGUCGAAUCUUCAAAACAAUAAGACGUUGCUUCAAGGCGUACAGGAGAGUUUUGCAGUGAAUUUAAAUGAAAUCAAUCAAACAGUUAUUAGUUUAGACGCUAGAAUUAAAGCCCUAAAGAAAAAGUAAAUUAAAUAUUAGGAUAUAUUUAUGUUUUUAUUGAAUAAUUCUAAUCUAUAUUAAUUUAUUACUAGAACACUUACUAAAUAUUAUAUUACUUUGUUUACACCAGCAUAUACAAAAUAAAGCUUUUUUAUUUACCCCUAA